UGUUUUGAAUAGAAAAAGGAUAUCAUAACUACAAGACAAUCUUGUUUACAAAAGCAAAUGUAAAUAUACGAAAUGAACUACAAAAAAUAAAUACAUCCGUGCACAGGAUCGUGCUUUAUAAGAACCGUAUUAUUCCUGGAUUAUCUCCCAUGUGACAAGGACAAAUAAUAUUAAACUGAGCUGACCAAACACAUUGAUAUUGAAAUAUGGCAGGAAUUGUAAGAAAGAUAAUAAAAACAGUAAAGGCUCCAGCUGCUAUUGGACCAUACAGUCAGGCUGUGCUGGUUGAAAAUACUAUGUACCUCUCUGGGCAAAUAGGAAUGGAUCCUUCUACUGGUAACCUUGUAUCUGGUGGUGUUGUGCCUGAGACAGAGCAGGCAUUAAGAAAUAUGGGAGCUGUAUUGGGAGCUGCUGGAGCUAAUUUCAAUAACAUUGUCAAGGCAACAGUCCUAUUACAGAAUAUGAAUGACUUUGCAGCAGUUAAUGAUGUUUAUGUGAAAUAUUUUCCAAAGAAUUACCCAGCCAGAGCAGCUUACCAGGUAGCAGCUUUACCAAAGGGAGCACAAGUAGAGAUUGAAGCAGUAGCCAUUAUUGGAGAUAUAACUGAUGUUGAACAUACAGAAAGUUGAUGAAUAAAACAAAUAUAUUAUACAGACAUUUCUAUAUUUAACUUUAUAUUAGCUGCAAAUCAUGAAAUUUGAUUCUAAACUGAAUAUUAAAAUUCCUUAGAAAAAUUGAUAAUUUUCUCAAAUGCAUUUAAACUAGUUUGAUUAUUGUAUAAUUAAAAUGUCAUAGAUAAUAUAUGUCAAUAUAUUUCAUAAAUGGAUAGGAUUACUUCAGUUCGAAAAGACAUGAACAAAUAUACUAUGGAGUGAUCUCCCUUUAUCAACAAAACUGGUUAUCAGUGAUAGGAAGGAGAGACUGAUAUACAGAGAAAUGAAAUCCAGUCCUGCAUUGCUAGUGAAAUAAAGAGAUCUUUCCAAUCUCAAAUUCCAAAUGUUCAUGAUAUAUAUACAUAGUAUAGAUGACAGAAUAUUUUAAGAUAUGGGACCAUUCAUUGGAUAUCAGAUCCAUGUUGUGUUUAAUGGGUAUUUUAUAAGCUAAAGUCAAUAUUUAAACUACAGAAUGAUGGUAUAAUAUCAGGUUUUUAUGAAUAACUAUUUUUUGAUUUUAUAUGAAAUAAAUAUAUUUUUAUAUACA